UGUUAGCAUAACCAAUUAAUAUUUAGUCUUCAAGUAAAGUGAAAUUGAAUAAAAAUCGUGCAAUGAAAAGUUCAACUCCAAAGCAUUCAAUUUAUUGGCUAAACAAUUCAAAUUUGGCGCCCGUUUAUUUAGUGUGGAAAGUUGCCGAUAGGGGCACCACAAAUUUUGGAGGUUAGUUUCUCUAAUUAAUUAAUAAUGUGCGAUUUUAUAUUAAAUUGAUAAAAAAAAUUGUUUUAACCGCAACUCACGAUUACGCUUGCAUUAAUGAUUGAUUAAUCAUUAAUUAACGAAUUUUGAAAGUGACAGUUUGUUGUGACGUUUCGUUGACAGCUAACCUAAAAGUUAUCACAGUGUGGAAAAUCACUUAAAAAUGGGUGAAAACGUGGAAAAUACACCCGGGCGGCAGGCAAUUGCCGUGAUGAAAGACAUCCAGAAGGAAAUUAUUUUCAAAAAACCGGUGGGAACGCCUCGGAAACGAGUCAAAGAGAAGGUUUUAGAUGAAGACACUUAUGUGGAGCACAUUGGUAAGAUUAUCCAGCGCGACUUUUUCCCCGAUCUUGAAAAACUCAAAGCCCAGAACGAAUAUUUGGAAGCCGUUGAGAGAAACGAUGUGACCAAAAUGAGGCAACUUUAUAUGAAAUAUAGCGGGAAUAGACCGCCAACACAGAGGAUACCAAGCCCUGCGACUUUUGAGACACCUGUCCACAAUUCGUUUGAGACUGAAGCCCCGCCAAAGCCACCCCCUGAGAAAAGCGAACCGAAAUUGAGUUUGGAUCAGUUUUUGAAUUCGCACACGUCUGAGGACAAUCGCAGUUUUAGUGAGAUUUUGGCCGAAUCUGAGAAAAAGCACCAGGAGAAGUAUUCGUUUUUAUACAAGGAGGAGGGCAACAGUGAGAAGGAGCGACAGGAACAGUUGGCUUUGCCCUCAAUUGUGAAACAGGGGGAAUUACCGGAAAAAAAACUAAACGUGGACACUUGGAGCUACAAAAAUAAAAACUACAUAAUGUACAUUCCUGACGGGGUUCCCCUGACACAAGAAGAAGAAAUGGAAUUGAACAAAAACCGGCAAGAAGUCGUCCACUGUAACACCCGCCUCACCAUCAACCCUUUCAACGAAAUCCAAAGCAAGGAGGCUAUCACCGAACUGGCCAAAAACCAGGCGAAAAUCCACGACGGUAAAAUCGGCGUUGACGGCAAAGAACUGAUGAAAGACAGCCCCCAGAUCAGGGGCUUCUCCUUCGUGAAGACCCCCUCGCCCCACCCGAACCUCACCGACACCCCCUUGAUGACGUGGGGCGAAAUCGAGGGAACCCCCUUUCGACUGGACGGCAGCGAUACGCCCCUGCCCCAUUCGCAAGGCCCCUCGUUUAAAAUGUCGGAGCCCCCACGUCGUGAACAGCUCGCCAUAGCUUUGGCUGAGAAAGUCGGAGAGAAGAAUCGAGACAGGAAACAGAAGGCUAUGGAGGCGGCGCGAAGGCGGUUUGCGACGCCGUCCCCGAGGACGGAAAGAUUGGCAACCAUGUCGCCGGCGGCGAGACGAUUUGCCACCUCCAGGUUGGGUUUAAGGGGUGAUUUUAUGACGCCCAGUCCGAAAAUAAGGGCCACUCCGGGGACUCCCAAGAGGAUGGUUACGCCUAAACUGAAUCUGGGGAUCAAGAAAAUCGAUAAUUUGACCGAUGAUUUGUUGAAGAUUAGUGUGCCGAAGAGGCACAAAGCCGCCGAUUUUUUCUAAUUGGAGAUUGUUUAUUUUUGGUUAAUAAAUAUUUGUUAAAACUG